AUGGGGAGAAGGAGAAGGAACCCCAAGAAGAAGUCUAAUGAGACGUCGGACGACGACAACAAAAAGACCAAGAAGUUCAAGGAAGGCGAAAAAGUGGAGGCACAGUACAAGGGCAAGUCCAAGUUCUACCCUGGUGUGAUCGCAAGAUGCAGGCUCAACGGCACCUACGACAUUGACUACGAUGACGGCGAAAAGGAAAAAGAGGUGGCUGCUGACCUGAUUCGGUCCAAGGAGUCAUCGUCACCCAAGAAGAAAAAGCCCGACGACACUUCUGAAGACGAGAAGAAGCCCAAAAAAUUCAAGGAGGGCGAAAAAGUUGAAGCCCAGUACAAGGGCAAGUCCAAGUUCUAUCCAGGUGUAAUCUCGCGUGCGCGGCUGAACGGGACGUACGACAUUGAUUACGACGACGGGGAAAAGGAAACCGGGGUGGCCGCGGAUUUGAUUCGAUCAAAGGAGAAAUCUUCCCCAAAGAAGAAGUCAUCCGACGACUCUGCCGAUGAAAUCAAGUCGAAGAAGUUCAAAGAAGGCGAGAAGGUGGAAGCGCAGUACAAGGGCAAGUCCAAAUUUUAUCCUGGUGUGAUUUCAAGAUGCCGUUUGAAUGGAACGUACGACAUCGACUACGACGAUGGAGAGAAGGAGAAGGAAGUCGACGCAAAGCUGAUUCGAUCGAAGGAAUCGUCGUCGCCCAAGAAGAAGAGCGGGGGCGACUCAGACGACGAUGGCAAGAAGUCGAAAAAGUUUAAGGAAGGUGAAAAGGUCGAAGCGCAGUACAAGGGCAAGUCCAAGUCGAACGGGACGUACGACAUUGAUUACGACGAUGGGGAGAAGGAGAAGGAAGUCGCGGCCAAGUUGAUCCGGUCUCGUGAAAAGGCGAGCAGUCCCAAAAAGAAGAGUGAGGAAGAGUCUGACCUUAUUCACGGAAGCGCCAAGAAGUUCAAGGAAGGCGAAAAAGUGGAGGCGCAAUACAAGGGUAAAUCCAAGUUCUAUCCUGGUGUGAUAUCCAGGGCGCGACUCAAUGGCACCUACGAUAUUGACUACGACGAUGGAGAGAAAGAGACAAGCGUUGCCGCCGAAUUGAUUCGCUCGAAGGCAUCGACGACAUCGAAGAAACCCGAAUCUUCCUCGGAAAGCUAUCGCGUUGGAACUAAAGUCGAAGCAUUGUACAAAGGAAAAACGGAGUGGUUCAAAGGCACGAUCUCGAAAGACCACGGCGACGGACGUUACGACAUUGAAUACGACGACGGCGACAAAGAAAUGAAAGUUCCUACCAAGUUAAUUCGUCCUGUGAAGAGCGCUGGCGGCGGUGGUCGUGCGAACUUUCAAAAGCUAGUUGGCUCGACCAAGAAGUCCAAGAGCGGAAACAGUUCCGACUAGUAGCGUUAGUUCGACAUACAUAUAUGUGUACCAGUGUGUCAUGUGCAACAUCUCAACAUCCCAU